AAUUGCAGCAUUGCGAUCGCAACAGAGAAGAAAAGAAAUGGAAGAAGUAGUAGAAUUAUACGAGCUUCACUAUUUCGAUUUGCUGCAAUUGUCUUCAGAAAAAUCUUUAUCAGCUGAAUCUAUUGAAGAAAUACAGCGUCUGGAAUCAGUCAGCAAAAGUGUAAUGGAAAACCUAGGGCCAGAAGGACCAGGACUUCUCGCCGUCACCGGCGUUCCAGAAGCUUCCAAUCUCCGGCGAACUCUUCUUCCUUUAGCUCGAAAACUCGCUCUUCUCAAAAAUGAAGAUCGGAAGCACCUUCUUAAGGAACACAAUCUGGGAAGUGAUGUACCAUUGAAGAACCCGAAUAGAAAUGUUUCCUCUUUUUCCAUGCAAUUGAAAUAUGAGCAAUGCUAUGAAAGAAGUGGUUGUCUGGUUGAUGAUCUAGAUGUUGAUAAUCGGGAUGAAGUAGAGGUUGAUCAGGAUGAAUUUAAGAAAUUAGGUUGCACCUUUAAGGAGCUAGGAUAUUGCAUGAUGGACUUAGGUCUUCGUCUUGCACAAAUAUGUGAUAAGGCCAUUGGGGGACAAGAGCUGCAACAGAGCUUACUAGAGUCUGGCACAGCUAAAGGACGUCUAAUCCAUUAUCAUUCCGCUGUUGACAAUGAUAUUGUUAGAGAAGCUUCUAAAAGAAAUGGACAGUCUAAAGCAAGAAAUGGUAAAGUCAAUAAGAAUGGGCAAUCGAGUCUGAAGCAGCAAGGAAUUGAGUCAUCAAAAGACCAGUCAAAUGACUAUGGUCUGUGGCAGCAGUGGCAUUAUGAUUAUGGUAUUUUCACUUUCUUAACAGUUCCUAUGUUUCUGUUGUCUUCUCACCAAGUAGCACCAGCUGCUGUAAACAAUGAUUCACCUGCUUCUUCUAAGCAUGAAUUCCCUUCGCCCAAUGGGCACACAUAUCUUCAUAUAUUUGAUCCCAAAAAGAAUCAGGUCUUCAUGGUAAAGGCACCUUCAGAGAGUCUCAUUCUGCAGGUUGGAGAAGCAGCUGAUAUAUUAUCUAAGGGAAAGCUACGAGCAACACUUCAUUGUGUUUGUAGACCAUCAAAGGUUGAAAACUUGAGCAGGGAAACAUUUGUUGUCUUCUUGCAGCCAGCAUGGAGCAAACAAUUCUCUCUUUUGGAUUACCCACUUGAACUGUUAGCUUUAAGUGGUCAGCCGUGCGGGUUAUGUAGCAAAGGCACUGAACAGUCUAGGCAGAUCCCUGGGGAAUUAAGUCAUGAGAUUCAAAAGAUCGUUCCACCACUUUUGUCGAGGCUGAAAGAUGGGAUGACAUUCGCAGAAUUUUCUCGUGAAACUACAAAACAAUACUAUGGUGGUAGAGGUUUACAGUCCAACAAAUAGGCUUUCCGUGGAUAUCUUUAUAUGGCCAGAGGUGCCCUGGAUAAUGUUAAACUGGUGGUUACAAAGUGUCACUGUAAACUUCCCAUCUCACAGUCAAUGCUAGGUAAAAAGGUGGCGUGCACUUUUACUGUUAGGUAGUCAUUCCCAUUGAGGUUUACAUCUGAGGGGAAAAAAAUGAGACAUGUCCUGUAAGAUGUGAUUUUGGUAAAAUUAAAUUAAUUUUUUUCUUUGAGCAUCCGUUUAAUAGGUAGCUCAAAAGCUUGUAAUGAUUCUUUUUCUACGGCAACAAAGAACUUUGUCUUUGGAACUCCUGCAAUGGUCUGGUUUUGUGUCAAUGGUUCAAUGUGCCUCACGAAGAGAGAACAAAUCACUGCAACUGUGCACCAUGCUUAAGAAUGAUUGCUGAAAGCUAAGAACAUAUUCUUGUGACCUGUACUUGGGAUAUCUUUGCCGCCCUAAACUUUGGAUCUCUGAGAUCUACCUUAGAUUUAUGUCCUAGUCAUAGAUUUUCUUUUGCUGUUACUUGCAGAUGGACAGAAGGUAGGCGUGAAUGGGGUUUACAAACUUGGGCCUCAUCCGCAUAAUCUACAGGUACAUCUGAUUAACGCAAAAGCUCUCCUGGCUUUGGACUUGCAUUAGGACUGGAUCACUGCCCUGUUAUCUUCAUCAUGUCUAAAAAAAUGGUGACAUGUUCGAUUAAAGAAGAAGAUCAAAUAAGUAAAACAUUCAAAUGUUACCGUUUACUAGAGAUUUAUUGGAAUAUCUAGAAGUACAAUGAGUGAAUUUCUUGAAGAUGUGCUAAUCUGAAAUUGAGAUACUUGAAAUGGGAAACCAGUCAACCAAAACCUUCUCGGAAGGAGAAUGCGGAUGAUCAGACCACAGUCCUCUUCUGUUGCAAGGCACGUUUGCUUCUUUAAAUUCCUUGACUUCUCUCACCUAAAUAAAUUGUUCUGUCUUUUCAGCAUUGGUUACAUUGUUUCAUUUGAUCCUUUUUGAUGAACUUUUGGCUUCCCUUUUUUAAGUUACAUUAUCUGUGCGAAUUUAAUUUGUUCAUACCUAUGGUAUUUGUUUACACUUACAUCCUCACACACAUGUAUUACAUAUGUGCUAAUUUACACGCAAACAACUUUCCUCGCAAGUGCAUAGAUAGUCGAUUUUGGGACCUCCUAUAUAAGGCAUAGCUCAAGUUAAUAUACUGUUGAAAGUUUAGUCACUUCUUUCCUCGCAAGUGCAUAGAUAGUCGAUUUUGGGACC